AUGGUCAAUUCCUUCCCUUUCGGUCUUGACGAGGAUAGGUGGAGAUGGGUUGGUAGUAGGGACAGCCCAUUUGCAGUCAAAUCUUUAAGGAAAGUCAUGGAAGAGAAGCUGUUUGGGUCUUCCAGUCACUGGCUUAAAUGGGUGCCAAUCAAACUUAAUUGCUUCAUUUGUUGGGCAUUCCAGAAUAUGAUUUCGGUGGCGUCUAAUUUGUUGGUGAGAGGGGUUCCGCUUAUUUCAGGAGAUUGUGUUCACUGUCAUAACUUUUUGGAGACGGUGGACCAUAUCUUUAUUCAUUGCGACAAGGCGAAGCAGGUCUGGAGAAGGGUCUCGGUUUGGUCGAAUUGGGAUUUCACAGGGAUGGAGAAUCUGGAGCAGCUUCGGUUACUUUUAGAGGAGGCGGAUUCUGCGUUACGUCAUAAGUUCCUAUUGGGGAUAUCCUACUCAGUCCUAUGGAGCUUAUGGAAAGCGAGAAACGAUAAGAUAUUUAAGGGGAUUAACCGUUCGGUGGAAGCGAUCACGGAAGAGGUAGUAUCAUCUCUUUUCAACUGGAUUAAGAUGGGAGGAGUGGACUGA